GUGCUCUUCCGGCACUGGUAGCCGGCGUGCCUCUGAACUCCUCUAGUAGUGGUGCUGGUUGCUGGGCGGAGCCGGAGCUGCGGGACCUUCGCGCCUGUUCUGCGCUCGCCAUGAGGCUGCUGGGAACCGCCGCCGCCGCCGCCGCCGCCGCCGCGGCUGUGGAGAGCCGGCCGCUCCCGCGGGUCUCCGCCUCCCUGGGCCGGCAAUGGAAGCAGGCUAAUUGGAAGAUUUGCCGAUGGUGUUCAUCAAGGGUGAUACCUAAUGAAAAGAUACGAAAUAUUGGAAUCUCAGCUCACAUUGAUUCUGGGAAAACUACAUUAACAGAACGAGUGCUUUACUACACUGGCAGAAUUGCAAAAAUGCAUGAGGUAAAAGGUAAAGAUGGAGUUGGUGCUGUCAUGGAUUCCAUGGAACUAGAAAGACAAAGAGGAAUCACUAUUCAGUCAGCGGCCACCUAUACCAUGUGGAAAGAUGUCAAUAUCAACAUUAUAGAUACUCCUGGGCAUGUGGACUUCACAAUAGAAGUUGAAAGAGCUCUGAGGGUGCUGGAUGGUGCCAUCCUUGUUCUCUGCGCGGUUGGAGGGGUGCAGUGCCAGACCAUGACUGUUAAUCGUCAGAUGAAGCGCUACAGUGUUCCAUUUCUAACUUUCAUUAACAAACUCGACCGAAUGGGCUCCAACCCAGCCAGGGCCCUGCAGCAAAUGAGGUCUAAACUAAGUCAUAAUGCAGCAUUUGUGCAAUUACCCAUUGGUUUGGAGGGUGAUUUUAAAGGUAUUAUAGAUCUUAUUGAGGAACGAGCCAUCUAUUUUGAUGGAGACUUUGGUCAGGUUGUUCGAUAUGGGGAAAUUCCAGCAGAAUUCAGGGCAGCGGCAGCUGACCACCGGCAGGAGCUGAUUGAAUGUGUUGCUAAUUCAGAUGAGCAACUUGGUGAGAUGUUUCUGGAAGAAAAAAUUCCCUCAAUUUCUGACUUAAAGCUCGCAAUUCGAAGAGCCACUCUAAAUAGGUCAUUUACUCCUGUCUUUUUGGGAAGCGCCUUGAAGAACAAAGGAGUUCAGCCUCUUUUAGAUGCUGUUUUAGAAUACCUCCCAAAUCCAUCUGAAGUCCAAAAUUAUGCUAUUCUCAAUCAGGAUGACUCACAAGAGAAAACCAAAAUCUUAAUGAACCCCAAAAGAGACAAUUCCCAUCCAUUUGUAGGCCUGGCUUUUAAACUGGAGGCAGGUCGAUUUGGACAGUUAACUUAUGUUCGAAAUUAUCAAGGACAGUUGAAGAAGGGUGAUACCAUCUAUAAUACGAGGACGAGAAAGAAAGUACGGGUGCAACGGCUGGUUCACAUGCAUGCCGACAUGAUGGAGGAUAUUGAGGAAGUGUUUGCCGGAGACAUCUGUGCAUUGUUUGGCAUUGACUGUGCUAGCGGGGACACGUUCACAAACAAAGAUAAUAGUGGCCUUUCUAUGGAGUCAAUUCAUGUUCCUGAUCCUGUCAUUUCAAUAGCAAUGAAGCCUUCUAACAAGAAUGAUCUGGAAAAAUUUUCAAAAGGUAUUGGCAGGUUUACAAGAGAAGAUCCCACAUUUAAAGUCCACUUUGACACUGAGAGCAAAGAGACAAUUGUAUCUGGAAUGGGAGAAUUACACCUGGAAAUCUAUGCUCAGAGGAUGGAAAGAGAAUAUGGCUGUCCUUGUAUCACAGGAAAGCCAAAAGUUGCUUUCAGAGAAACCAUUACGGCCCCUGUCCCGUUUGAGUUUACACAUAAAAAACAAUCAGGUGGUGCAGGCCAGUUUGGAAAAGUGAUAGGUGUACUGGAGCCUCUGGACCCAGAGAACUACACUAAGUUGGAGUUUUCAGAUGAAACAUUCGGGUCAAAUGUUCCAAAGCAAUUUGUGCCUGCCGUAGAAAAGGGGUUUUUGGAUGCCUGCGAGAAGGGCCCUCUGUCUGGUCACAAGCUCUCUGGGCUCCGGUUUGUCCUGCAAGAUGGAGCAUAUCACAUGGUGGAUUCCAAUGAAAUCUCUUUCAUCCGCGCAGGAGAAGGUGCUCUUAAACAAGCCCUGGCAAAUGCCACAUUAUGUAUUCUUGAACCUAUUAUGUCUGUGGAAGUUGUAGCUCCAAAUGAAUUUCAGGGACCAGUGAUUGCAGGAAUUAACCGGCGCCAUGGAAUAAUCACGGGACAAGAUGGAAUUGAGGACUAUUUUACACUAUAUGCAGAUGUCCCUCUAAAUGAAAUGUUUGGUUAUUCUACUGAACUUAGGUCAUGCACAGAGGGGAAGGGAGAAUAUACAAUGGAGUACUGCAGAUAUCAGCCAUGUUUACCAGCUGCACAAGAAGACCUUAUCAAUAAGUAUUUGGAAGCUACAGGUCAACUUCCUGUAAAAAAAGGAAACGCCAAGAACUAACUUUCCUCACUUUGUUGACUAACUGUAUCUGCAAGGUUUAGAUAUGUUAAUGGAUUCAUGGAAUAAAUUCAGCCUGAAAAGAAGUAAUUUUAGAAGCCCUUCCUAUUAUAUUCAGGAGCUUCUUUUAUAUCAUAGUUAAUUCUGUGUAUAUCUCAACGGUUGAUUGGUUUUAUACCUCAAAUAAAAUAUGAUUAUUACUGAAA